AUGUCUAAAACGGUCCUAAUUACCGGCUGUAGCCAUGGAGGUUUAGGGGCGGCAAUGGCAAAGGUUUAUCGCGCAAAAGGCUUCCAGGUCUUCGCAACGAUACGCGACAGGGCCAAGGCCGGCUCUCUAGCUGAAAUAGAUGGCAUAGAGAUUGUCGAACUUGAAGUCACUUCGGUCGCUUCUAUUCGCCAAUGUGCAAGUGCUGUUGCGAAACAUACAGGAGGGACACUCGAUGUCCUUGUCAACAACGCAGGCGUCAGCGCUAUAGUGCCGCUUCUGGACGCAUCCCUCGACGACGCGAAGAAGGUUUACGACACCAAUGUUUGGAGUAUUGUUGCCAUGGCGCAGGCAUUCGCACCAAUGCUCAUCAAGGCCAAAGGGAUCAUGUGCAACGUCAGUUCAGUAUCUGGUGAAAUGGUAUUUGCAUGGGCGGGUGUAUAUAGCAGCUCCAGAAGUGCUGGAACGAGGAUUUCCGAGACGCUGCGCCUCGAGAUGGCGCCUCUUGGCGUACGGGUAGUUACAGUCAUCCUCGGCGGCGUCCAGACCAGCGGAAAUGACCCCGUCAAUAUCGCGGACCUUGAGCUGCCGCCGCAUUCGCAUUAUCGGAGGAUAACGGCGGUCAUAGAUCGCCACAAGAAGACCAUGGUACACCCCAACAAACAGAAUGUCGACAUCGCAGCGAAGAACAUAGUUGAGGACGUUCUCAGUGGUGCCAGCAUUUUCAUUCGACGCGGGCAGGCUUCGACUCUCAGUUGGCUCUGCAACACAUUCCUCCCCUAUGGACUAUUUACUUCAAUGAUCAAUCGGGAUUCGGCUCUCGAUGAAGUUGGGUUUGGUGAAGACACAGUGUGA